GGCGUUGGAUCUUUGGGGUUCCGCAGUCUGGAGCCCCUCCUUCCGCAUUUCCUCCCCCCUCCUCCUCGCCCCCGGUCUCUCCUCAUAAGCGAUGUCCCAGCGCGUUCUCUGCACAUGCAGCACAAAAGGAGCAGGAUGGAAAAGUCAGCCCUGGUCUUCAUCGUCUUCCUGACGGGAACGUUUCGGGCGAUCGCCGACAACGCCACAGAGAGCGCCACCACCUCCGAGACCACCAACAGCGGAGGCACGGCCGGGAGCACGCCGACGUCGACUCCGGGGUUGAAGUCUACGGCGAGCUGGGCGCCAACGCCGCCGCGUCCCGGCAAGAAGGAGGAAGACAAGCAUAAGGACAAACCUGAAAUGGGCUGUCCUCCCCUGGGUCUGGAGUCCCUCAGGGUGGACGACACCCAAAUCCAGGCGUCCUCCUUCCAAAGGUUCGGUCUGGGUCCUCAUAGGGGCAGGCUCAACAUCCAGUCAGGCAUCGAGGACGGCGACCUGUACGACGGCGCCUGGUGUGCCGACUACAAGGACCGGCACCAGUGGCUGGAGGUGGACGCCUUGCACCUCACCCGCUUCACCGGAGUCAUCCUGCAGGGCCGCAACACCAUCUGGAGACGAGACUGGGUGACCAGCUACAAAGUGCAGCUGAGCAACGACUCCGUCAGCUGGAAGAGCAGCAUGAACGCAACGCAAGAAGCGAUCUUUGAAGGCAACGGCGACGGCGAGAGUCCGGUGCUGGCCUUGCUCCCCGUGCCCGUGGUUGCGCGUUACAUCCGCAUCAACCCGCAGAGUUGGUACCCCGAUGGAGACAUCUGCCUACGAGCCGAGAUACUCGGGUGUCGCCUUGACGAGCCGCAGGAGAGCGUUUCCUCAGCGCGGGAGGGCGGGUCAAAGGAUAAUCUGGACUUCCGACACCAUAACUACCAGGAGAUGAGAAAGCUGAUGAAGUCGGUGGCGGAGGAGUGUCCCGACAUCACGCGCAUCUACACCAUCGGGAAAAGCUACAUGGGCCUCAAACUCUACGUCAUGGAGAUCUCGGAUCAUCCCGGGAAGCACGAACUGGGCGAGCCGGAAUUCCGCUACGUGGCCAACAUGCACGGGAACGAGGUCCUGGGUCGCGAGCUGGUUCUCAACCUGAUGCAGUAUCUGUGCCGCGAGUACAAGAGGGGCAACCGGCGCGUGGUCCGGCUCAUUACCGAGACUCGCAUUCACCUCCUUCCCUCCAUGAACCCGGACGGCUACGAAAUAGCUUACGCCAAGGGCUCCGAGCUGGCCGGCUGGGGCGAGGGACGGUACACCUACGAAGGGAUCGACCUGAAUCACAACUUCCCGGAUUUAAACACCAUCCUGUGGGAUGCUCAGGAGAUAGCCGAGGACCCGUCUAAAGUACCCAACCACUACAUUCCCAUUCCGGAAUACUACACGAAAGAGGACGCCAUGGUGGCGGCGGAGACGCGCGCCGUGAUCAGCUGGAUGGAAGACAUCCCGUUCGUGUUGGGCGCCAACCUGCACGGGGGCGAGCUGGUGGUGACUUACCCGUACGACGGCACCGAGUUCUGGGCCCCGCAGGCCAACACGCCCACCCCGGACAAUUCCUUCUUCCGCUGGCUGGCCACCGUCUACGCCUCCACCAACCUGGCCAUGGCGAACCCCGAGCGCCGCCUGUGCCACACUGACGACUUCCAGGCGUACAACAACAUCAUCAACGGCGGAGCUUGGCACCACGUGCCCGGAAGCAUGAAUGACUUCAGCUACCUGCACACCAAUUGCUUCGAGGUGACGGUGGAGCUUUCCUGCGACAAGUUUCCUCACGCCAGCGAGCUUCCCAUCGAGUGGGAGAACAACAAAGAGUCUCUCCUCCUCUUCAUGGAGCAGGUUCAUCGAGGCCUGAAAGGGGUGGUGCGGGACAAGGAGAGCAAGAAAGGAAUCGAGGACGCCGUGAUCAAGGUGGAGGACCACGGGCACGACAUCCGAACAGCCGCUGACGGAGACUACUGGCGCCUGCUGAAUCCGGGCGACUACAAGGUUGUGGCGUGGGCCGAGGGCUACCUUCCGGCUGUUCGGCACUGCCGCGUGGGCAUGGAGCCCCGCGCCACCGUCUGCGACUUUACGCUAACGCAGACGCCCGCGCAGCGCCUGAAGGAGAUCCGCGCCAAGGGCGGCAAGAUCCCGCAGGACCUGCAGCUGCGCCUGCGGGCCCUUCGUCUGCGUAAGCUGCGCGCCAGCACCAAGGCCAUCAACCAACGGCGAGAGGGCAGCAGGAUGCAACGAGAGCAGGCCCGCAAGGCGCGAUCCACCUCCUUGCGGUUAUGAGGAGUUCGGGAUUGAAAAAAACGCGCAGCGACACGACACCGCACGGCGGCGGCGCCUCACUGUCGGACACGUCAUUAGGUACACCUGCCACAUCCAAAAUGGACGCUUGACGGUGCUGUCCAGUCGUAAAAUCACUUUUGGAAAAGGAGCAUCGAGCCAAAAUAUUUUUUUGUGCAAUAUUACGUUUUAUAUACCGGGACGAGUCGAAACAAAGCAUUCUGAGUCAUGUCGCGUUGAAGGAAUAGUGAAAUGAAACUGAUUUAGUCAUCCAUUUUCCAUUCGAGGGAGCCACAAAGUCGAGCAAUAUCGCCCCCUACUGUCGACUGCUCUCACGUUGACAGUGCAAAAAUCACGUGAUCAUACAGCGAAAAAGCCCCCCCCCCAAAAAAUAGAUCAGCGAGUCCACAGGCACCAAAUUGUGAGGAUGCAGGGCUCGACUGUACCACGUUUCUUGAAAAAAAUAUAACUUCCCGAAAAAUAGCAAAUAUCACCAUUCUGCAAUGAAUUACUAUUAGUUAAAAAACAAAUUGAAAUUACUUUAUUUUUGUGCCAGCAACACUUUUCAUUUUUAGAAAAAUGUGUUGUAUUCAUACAUUUUGAGAAAAAAAGAUUAACAUUUGAAAAAAAAUACAAUUUUUAAACAUGACUAUUUUUGAGACUGACAUUUUAGUUAAAAAAAAUAGGGCAUUCGACACAUGAAAAUGUCCCCUCUAAAUCACAAUACUUACAAUUUUUUGGGACGGCCUGGGUUUAACCUUUUUCCUGCUAUUAACAAAGACAAAAAAAAAAACAUUCUCGUAAAUGACAUUUUUAUCCUCAGCGGCAAGCACGAUUUUAUUUUCCAUAAUCAACACAUUUAUUUCGAGUACAAUUUUGUGUGGCGCCUUAACUGCCCAUUUGAACUGUGACAAAUGAAUGAAUAAGUGAACGCGCAACCGGUGAAGUCGCGGCAAUUCUGUUCAACAACUGUUGAAGGAUGACAAAUGGCACGAUGCCGUGAAACCACCCUUUCAAGUGUCAGCUGGUCUGAUGUCGAGCGAAUUGACUUUGACUCAAGUCCAAAAGGACCACACUGUCUCAUCAAAUUAUUGUUUGAAUAAAAGUUCCUUCUACUGUA